AUGUCAACAACCCGAGACUCGACUCCCUGCCCUUCGCCAAGAAACAACCGUCGCCAAAAGGGAAAAGCACCUGCGGAGAGAGCCGACCUGACCUUGGUCGCUUCGCCGACUCAACCCGAUGUUGAGAAGGCUGGAACGAGUAAGGAGAUCAUCAACAGAUUGGAGCAACGGCUGAGUGAAUCUCAGGAGCUGCUCGAGAAGCUCAAGAAGAUCCAAAAUCCCCGGCAGUCGGCUCGAACUCAGCUGAAAGUCGUCUCUGGGUCCGUCCUUCAAACUCAACCAAAGAUCUGGACAAGCCCUGCUUACAAGCGGCAUUCUCGAAUGAAUGAGAACAAAAUGCAACACUUCGAAGACAGGGCCAAGGACCAACGAGAGCGGCCCGAGUCGAUAGGCUCAUUCAACACGCCGUGCUCGACCCCAACCAUCACUCCGUCCAACAACCCAUCUGUUCAUGAAGACGGAACAGAGCAAAGCGUGACGGAUGACCAGGUUGAUGUCAUGUCGACAACCGCGACGAUCGCCACGGUGCGGCCUACCCCCGAAGAGGAGGAGGCUAGGAGGCUGAGAGACGCCUUGUUGAUGCCCAGAGUCCCUGCUCUGGAUGCCGCAAUUAAUUCCUGGAGGAAUAAUAUUGCAUAGAUGAUGGUUGCUGUUUUGUGGGACUUGGAUUCAUGGUUGGUCCCAUCGGUAUCAGGGAC